AUGCGACUGCUAUUUCUAUUGUUUUGUGUUUUGACUAUUAUUGUUGUUGUUGUUGCUACUACUACCACAACGGUUAAUGUUACUACUACUUCUGAUGAAUAUGAAUCAACUUUGGUGCCAAGCUUGCGGCAACGAAUGCUCUAUCUUGGAAUUGUACUUCCCGUGCUAUUUUACACACUAUUUUCCUUUAUUUUUGAUACAGCCAACUCAAUUGGCCUCCUGCUGCAACCUGCCAAUCGACUUGAGUCUUCACGUUUGGGAUCUUCAAAGGCCAUUCGUGCCCUACGCCUCAUUCGAGCAACACAAGGAUCUGGUAACCUUAUUCUCCAUCCUUCUUUAUCUCUUUUCUAUCUUGCCUCCCUCUCAGCCUUCUGCUGGGCCUCCGACCCAUCCAAAGACAUUGGCGCGCUGUCCAACCACCUCUUCUCAGUUGGCAAGGAUGGCCUGCUCGUGAGACACACUUUUAAUGGUAAUCCAGUUCUUUGGUAUUUUUCUUUCCAUCACGAUGGAUUUGCGAAACUACCCUCGAGAUCACGGUGGCAUGGCGUUUCAGCCUAUUUUACAUAG